AUGGCAGCCGUUGACCCCACGUACCCCCUCUACUCCAUCGCUUGUCUCCUGGCUUCAUUGAUGCUGCUCCUCGUACUCUUGACUAGCUUCGUUCGCCAAAGCUGGAACCUCGGCGUCGCCUUCCUGUGCUUCUGGCUCUUCUUGGAAACGCUGACUGCCGGGAUCGAUGCGAUUAUAUGGUCCGACAACGCCGAUGUUAAGCUCUUCGUAUACUGUGACAUCGUUACGCACAUCCAAGUUAUCGCGGGCGUUGUCAAGCCCAUGGCGACCUUGAUCAUCACCCGGCGGCUAUCUCUCAUCACUCGUCGACAGUCUGUCGAGCCUUUCGAUAAAAGAGCGAGAUACAAAGACCUCGCGAUAGAAUGGACCCUUGGUCUGGUCAUUCCCGUCCUCGUCGCAGGACCCCUCUACUACGUAGUCCAAUGGCCCAGAUUUCAGGUUGUCGAGGGUUUUGGCUGCGAUAACUCGCCCGAUGGAUCGGUACUCAGCAUUUUGCUCUUGAAGCUAUUCAACGUGAUUCCUCCGUUAGUUUCCAUUGCGAUAUAUUAUCCCAAUGUCGCACGCACGUUCUACCGUCACAGUCAAGACAUCAAUCGAUAUUUAUCGAGUAGCUCCUCGAUAUCCCGUGCCUACUACUUUCGCGUCCUCGCCCUUGCGAGCAUCGACAUCAUGCUCACCUUGCCAAUUGGCAUUGUGACUCUUGUUCUGACUGCUCGAGGCGCAUUGCUGUCCGGCCCUCUCCCGUUCUACUUUGGAUGGACCUUGGACCACACGGACUGGACACCGGAGAGCCUUCCAUACGCGUAUCUGCAAGCGGAAGGGACUCUUAGUCUGGCCGCAUCGUACUUCAUCCAGUGGACAUCGCCCGUCCUUGCUUUCGCUAUCUUUGCUCUCUUUGGUGUCACGCCGGAGGCGCGCGGGUCGUAUAGGCGCAUCAUGUACGCCAUCGGAAGGUUCUUUGGCUGGAAAGCAGCACCCCGCGUGCACCGGGCACGCUCGUCAUUAGGAGAGAUCGAGUUCGGCGAGCGACCCACUCAGCACUCCACAUCACUAGGCCUCGGGUCACAUCUAAGUGCCAACGAUGCAAGCACGCGUGUGCCGUCGCCAGGAUCGAGGGGGGAAAGCACCGUGGGACAAGGUGGGCCAGAAGGUGUCCCCUCAGAGAAAGACGUGGUCAACGCGCCGGAGACGGUAUGA